AUGUGUCUUGGAAUUUCCCUAUCGAUUCUACCCGGUGGACCGCCGCUGUAUUACGGCUUGCCCUUCAUCGGCUACGGCUUCAUUCUAUUCUUGCCGAAAUCGUGGCUCAGAAAGGUUGUCGACAAAUACCUCGAAGCGGCUCCCGAUGUGGUCAUCGUACGGAUGCCCUUCGUUUUUGCAGUAAUCAAGAACGACGUAGUGAAAGAGAUUCAGCAAAACCCGGACUGCUUACCUCGGCCUCGAAUCAACUACACAGAUUUUCUUUCGUGGUUCGCGACGGGAACUUACGAUUUGUCGUUCUGCGACGGCUUGCGUACCUCAAAAACGGAUCAGUGGCAGAUAUCCCGGAAACUUGGAAUCGCAUCUGUCUACGCGGGUCCUAAGAGCAAAAUGGCGCAGAAAAUGGGGCAUACUGCAGACGCUUUCCUCAAAAAAAUCGAGAAGCACGAGGGAACGGACUGGGAUCCCAGGAUUCCGAUGAUGAUGUCGAAGUACCAGGAAGUUAUCCAUCUGUUUUUCGGUUCCCUUUUCAAAGAGGAAGACUUGAACCUAUACGUUCGAGGAGUUAUCAUAGGCACGCAUAUGGGCUUAUUUCUUGCCUUUUUCUUCAAGUUUCUCCCGAUGGGCCUGUUCCGGGCACUCAACAAGCUCAUCAAGUAUGUCACGGGAUUCGACCUCGGGUACCCUGGCGAUAUCUACGAGCAGUUUCUCCUGAGAAUGUACAACGAAGACAAAGCGAGCCACACAGAGAGCGAUUCGCGCGACUAUCUGGAAGCGAUCACCGCGAGCAGGAAGGACCCUUCGGAGUUGAUAUACUAUUUGCGCGAGGUGACGUACGUUUCCAUACACGCGGCAACGCAUACCACAUGGCACUCGAUGCUAUCCGCGCUGUCGAUGUUCGCCCUGUAUCCUGAGGUGCAGCAGCGCGCAGCCGACGAGAUCCAGCAGGCAAUCGGUCGCGGUGAGGUGACAACGGACUCCCUCGACAAACUGUCCUACUUGAAGGCAGUAAUCUCAGAAACUCUGCGGCUGUAUCCCGCAGUCCCGUACCCAUUGCGACUGACGAAGAGGGCGACCGUGGCGGGUGGCUUUCAAUUACCGAGGAAAAUCACGGUUCUGCCGCUGAUAAUUUCGGAAAAUAUGAACCCGUCGCGCUUUGUGGAUCCAAAAGAAUUUCGACCGGAGAGAUUUCUGGACGAUAAGGGCAAAUUUUUCCAUGAUCCAAAUCUGGGCACCUUCUCCAGAGGGAAGCGAGCAUGUCCAGGGAGAGAGUUCAGCUACAUGAGCUCAUCGAUAUAUUUGACGAAAAUUCUCCAACAUUUCACCGUGGCGCCUCCCAGCAAGAACGCCAAACUCAGCGAGAUUGGGGCGGACUUCUUCACGAGCGCCGGACGACUAGACGAGCUUCGUUUCAUGCGACGGGAAGGAGCACCUCCGAUCAGGGACGUUCAAUUCGACACACGACUCUCCACAAUUUUUAGAGAAGUCAUUGCAGCGCAGGGGAAGAAGAAUAUUUGA